CCCUCGGCGGUGGUGUGUGGGGUGCAGCGGUUCGGCCUUGGCUUCUGCUUCGCCGUGGUGUACAGCGCGCUGCUCACUAAAACCAACCGCAUCUCCAGGAUAUUCAACGCGGGGAAGAGAACCACAAAACGGCCCUCGCUCAUUUCCCCGCGCUCGCAACUCUGCAUCUGCUUCUGUACCGUGUCUGUGCAGGUUGUAGUGACGUUCGUGUGGUGCGUGGUCAGCCCGCCGCGCGCCAUUCAUCACUACCUGGUGAGAGAGGACAACUUUCUGGUCUGCGCCUCCUCCAUCAACGCCUCCUACAUGAUCGCCUUCGCCUACCCCAUCGGGCUGAUCGUGGUGUGUACAGUGUAUGCGGUGCUGACUCGGAAGAUCCCAGAGGCGUUCAACGAAAGCAAGCACAUCGGGUUCACCAUGUACACCACCUGCAUCAUCUGGUUGGCGUUCGUCCCUAUCUACUUCUCCACGGCUAAUAACGUAGAGCUCCGCAUCACCACCACCUCGGUCACCGUCUCCCUCUCGGCCACGGUAGCGCUGGUGUGCCUGUUCACCCCCAAGCUGUACAUCAUUUUGCUGCACCCCGAGCGGAACGUCAGACAGUCCAUGAUGACCAAGUACUCCACCGUCAGGAAUAACUUGUCCUCGUCAUCUCAGCGCGUGGACUCCGGGACGCAGAGUGAAGUCUUCCCCUUGGACUACGAGCUACACGAAAAGAUAAGAAGUAUGGGAGGGGGACAGCCAAGACCCACCUCCUCCACCCAGACAUGUCCCCCUUCCUCCUGCCCCCUCCCCGAGCACCGCUGCACCCUCGUCGUCACCCUCACGCCCUCACCCACGCCCCCAGCAUUCAACGGCCCCGUGCAGGAUGUCCCGGAUGUCCAGCUUUAGAAGGGGAGAUGGGUGAGGAGAAAUGGAUGAUGGGGAAGUUAAGAGAUGGGGAGAUGAGACAAGGCAGAUGAAGGGAUGCUGGAGGAAUGGAGAUGAAGAGAUGAGAGGAGAUGAGGAUGCUGUGGAGAGGAAGAAAAAGGAGAUGAAAGAAUGAGGAAGAAGAGGAGAUGAGGAAGGAGGGAUGCUGUGGAAAGGAAGAAAAAGGAGAUGAAAAGAAUGAGGAAGAAGAGGAGAUGAGAGGAGAUGAGGAAGAACGGAUGCUGUGGAAAGGAAGAAAAGGAGAUGAGAGAAUGAGAAAGAAGAGAUAAAAAUAGGAGACGAAAAGGAGGAGGAAGAAGAGAAGAUAGGAAGAUGAAAGGAAGGUUAAGAAGAGGAAGAGAGAAAGAGAAGUGGGAGAAAAAGAAGAGAUGAUGACGCUGGUAGAAGAAGAAGAACGAAGAAGAGGUAAAAAAUGAAGAUGAAGAAAGGAAGAAAAGAGGAGAGGAAGAAGACAAGUGAAGAAAAGAGCAGAGUGGGUGUGUACGUGUUUGUCUUCUGGUGUUGAGUUGUUUUUUCUUCCUUUUUUCCUCUCUAACUUUCCUUCCCUCCAUUAUUUUCCUCUUUCCUUCAUUAUUUCCUUUUUUUCCUCUUUUCCUUCCCUUCAAUAUUUUCCUUUUUUUCCUUUUUUUCCUUUUUUUCUUCAUUAUUUUCCUCUUUUUCCUCUCCCUGUUUUUCCUUCCCUUUUAUAUUUUCCUUUUUUCCUCUUUUUUCCUCUUUUUCCUUCAUUAUCUUCCUCUUUUUCCUCUGUUUUCCUUCCCUUCAAUAUUUUCCUCUUUUUCUUUUCUCUGUUUUCCUUCCCUUAAUUAUUUUCCUCU